AUGUCUGGCGGCAGGAGGGGCCUAGUAUCAAUUCUGAACAAUGACGACCAUCCGUCGUUUGCGGUCCGAUCAAAUCCACGAUUGAGUCGGCAUAGCACCUCGCCACCUUUAUUACCACCACUGCAGCAGCAUCCGCAACAUUCGGGCCAACUUCCCCCGCCCGUCAGCGAUCCCCAGUUCGCCCGCCCGCAUGCUUCAUCCGAGUCGCCCACAGCAUCACCUCGAGACACGCGGCAUCUAUUUCACCAGGUGCCGGAGGCUCUGCAGCCCACCUCGCCUGGUUCUUCGGACGGAUCCGCCUAUGAUUACCUUUCCAGUCAAGCUUCCUCUACGAAUUAUCACCCAUAUGCUCGGCAGCCCCCGCGGCCAGAUCCUUACCGUUACCCUUCACGCGGACCGGCACCGCCGCGGACACCACCAGAAAUUCAUGCCAGCGUAUCAGAUGCCAAGUCUUCGACUCACUCGCAGACGGGAGGCACGCGAGGCACCGGCCGGAAGAAUAAGUAUCCCUGCCCGUACGCAGCAAGCCAUGGCUGUUCCGCAACGUUCACCACCUCCGGCCACGCCGCUCGUCACGGCAAGAAGCACACUGGGGAGAAGAGCGUGCACUGCCCCAUCUGCAACAAGGCCUUCACGCGGAAGGACAACAUGAAACAGCACAUCCGCACCCAUCGCACGCACUCAGACGAGAUGCGGGCGACUUCAGAGCCCGAUGGGGAGAGCCGAUGGGCCACAGCUCGACCGGACUCAGGAUAUGCACCUGUCGCACACAGUCGCACAGUGAGCCAGUCCACUGAUGCAAGCACGGCGAUGCUCCCGCCAAACAACGGAUCUCAUCUGCCGUCAUAA